UUGCUAGCUGGGGCAUUAUUGAUGGCGCAUAUUGAGAUAUGGAAAGAGGUCAGACCCAUCCCUGGAUUACUGGCCUCACCCAAGAGGUGCCAGCUUCUAGGAUUUAGCCCAGAAAAGGCCAUUUUUUCAGUUCCCCUCUCCCCAAAAAUUUCUUUUUCAAGCGUAUCCAAGCCAGGUCAUAAAUGGAAUUAAAACAACAAUAAAAGGGGGAGAAUUGAAAUGGCAGGGGUGUGAAACCUGGGAUAGCAGCUAUCCUAAAAUUGCAGAUUUGGUCCAAGUAAGAAUUCCUUUGAUCCCAGAAGAAAUGGGUCAGGGGGCUAGGUUAGGCUCCCCUGUAAGAAAUCAACUGUUGAAAGCAUCGCAGGCACAAAAUGAGCCGAGUUUGUUGGCUGCAUGCAGCUUGAUGAGGGCAUCAGAGUUACUGGGUGGUGCAUUCUGCACAUGCUUAGGAGCCCUCUGCACGAGGGCCCGUGGGGUCCGGCCCAUCCCUGCCUUGAUUUCAGCCUGGGGAACUGGCUGGCAAUGGGAAGGCUGCCGGAGCACCGGGAUAUUGUUACCCUGCUUCAAAAAUAGCCUCCAGAAACCUGACCCCGUCUGCUCCGGAAUUGAGGAAUUCAGCUGUCCGUCCUUGGAGGUGCUGGGGACGGGGUGGGAGAAUCCAGUCAGCUCCAGGGAAGGACGUUUCGGGGGGCAUCUGGUUGGCAGCCCCUGCUGGCUUCAGGGGUGGCAUCUGUCGCAAAGCGCUUUCUUUCCGGAUCUGGACGAGGGAAACCACUAGGACCGAAGAGAGCAUGGCGGGUUUCUAUGGCUGGCAGGAUCUGGGUUUUUGCGUGGUUCUGGGUCCCCAUGGCGACCGUCUUAUGGAGUGUUCUGACUCACAAAUGCCACUUGGAUUGUGGCGGGGGAGGAAGGCAGCGCUCUGGCCCCACCGAGUUGGCAGCUGGCGGAGAGACUCUUGACUGACUCUUCCCUGGGUCUGAAGGCUUCCAAGAAUGCUCCGGUCCUCAUCUAAACUUCCUGCCUUCUCUUGGUUGCGCCCAUAAAGGCUCUUCCCUGGCACUAGCCAAAUUGGCACUGACUUCUGAAGACGAACGAUGGCCACCUAUGCCGGCAAGCAGGGCAAGAGGCAGGACGAGAGCAGCCUGGGCAGCUUGGUGGACCUGGUGCUGGCCAACGCCCGGGUGGUGCUGGGGGUCAGCGGUGCGGCUGUGUUGGCCCUGGCAACGCUUGCGGUCAAGAGGUUCAUUGACCGAGCCACCAGCCCGCCGGGCGAUGACGACGACAUAAAAGCCAAGCAGAAGUCCCUGGAGGAGAGCUGGCAAGAGCUAAGCCUGAUCAAGGGGGUGUCCAAAGCGCGACGACAAGAUCUGGAGGAGCCCCUGCUGUCCCCCGUCAUAGCUGCACCUGCGCAAGACUCUAAAGAUCUUAUCCUGUCCUCGGGGGUCUCCUUGGGGCAGUCCAAGUCCCUGCUCUGCCUCACCCUUCAGGAGAAGCUUCUCUCGUUCUACAGGGAUCACAUCUACGUCUCCGAGACGGAAAAGGCUGUUGGGAAGCAGCUGGCCGAAGACAUCCGGGUGGAGCUGCAGACCUUCCUGAAAAACAAAUCUUUGGACCUGCCCUUCGGGAAUAUUUCCCUGAGCGGCUACCUUUGUGACGACCUUGUUGGCCAACACCAACUAGAGGUGGUCUUCAACCUUCCCUUGGUCCUAGAAGACCAUCUUUGGCACUUCAUCCGUGGGGAAGAGACGCUCGUGGAUAACUCGUGGUACGGGAUGAUCAAACGGCGUAGUCUGGAGUAUUUCACACGGGGGAGUAGCCCUUGGGACAAGUUCAUUGUAGGUGGGUACUUAUCGUCCAAUUCCAUCAACGACGCCCUCCUGAAGACUUUGGUGGCCUCCGUCAACUGGCCAGUCAUUGGCAGCCUGCUGGAAUGCAUCAUCCGGCCUUCCAUGGCUCCCAGGGAGCUCAAGCUGGAAGUCAGACACGAACAGGUCCUCCUGGACAUAACCCUCUGCCCGAUAGUGGAAACGGAAGGCAAGAUUUUCCUCGCCACAUUCUCUGGAGAACCUGUGGAGAACCUCUGGCAGCAGAGUUUUUACACGGCGGAGGUUUCCAAGCUGAAAGAGCUGGAUGCCGGAGACGGAGGCAUCCGGCAGUGUUGCCUCCUCAUCUUGAAGGCCACUUUCGAAAAACACCCUUUCUGGAGCAAAAUAACCGGCAGUGACUUGACACACGUUAUCCUCCACCUGAGCCAAACGGAGCCGGACUGGUCAGAGGCCAUGCUGGCUGUCAGGCUCCAGCAGGUCUUGGAGGAGCUGGUCCAGUACCUGGCCAAAGGUUCCCUCCCUUGCUUUUUCGACGACGGGAUUGACCUCUUGAGCCAUCUACUCCCAGAGGAGAUUGACGAGAUCGGCUGCACCUUGUACGAGGCUUUAGCCGCGCCCAAUCUUGCGGAUGGGUUGGGUUUGUAAAGUGGUCAGAGUCCUGGCUUUUCGGAUGGAGAAGACUUGAAAGGGAUCCUUUCACCCCCCCAUCCCCCCAAUUGCAAUUCUUUUGCACCGAAUGAAAUGAAAGUAUUAGCUCUUGAAGUAAAAUGGCCCUUGAUUGUAAGCCCUUUGUACUCGCUCUCUUACCGGAUUCUUUUGCCAUUCAGAGCGGAUGUCCUCCUCCGGGGAGCGUGCCCUUUCUCCGUAGGGCAGGAUUGGAGGGCUGAGGGGGCAGAGGGUAGCUGAUCCCCCUUCCCUCCUCUCAGAUUUCCCCAUUGCUUGAAUUCCGAAAUCUUGUGGCUGUGCACCUCUGAACGCAAUGCCCUCUCCGGGGAUCUGAGUGGUGGCUGCGGAGGUCUCUCUGCUUGGCAGUGAGAUGAUUCUUCUGAUUUUUACGAAUAAAUAAAUCAAUAAAGCAAGCAAGCAAACGAGCUCAGGUCGCUUCUGAGCACCCAGGAACCAA